AUGUCUGGGAAAAGUGCUAAUGCAGGACCAGACAGUAUACCAUCCCCUGCUGCCAGCACAAAGUCAAAGUCCCCCUCUACCCAAGGGAAAAGCUCAGAGGAAGAGGAGGGACGUCGGAACAGUAAAAGAAACCUCAGCAAGAGCUCAGCGGUGGCUGCUGCCUACGUUGCCUUCCUCAAUAAACUCUUCGGAGAGGAUAGAGCGCUGAUGCCGGAGGAGUUAGAUGAGCUACAUGUGGCCUUCAAGGAAUUUGACUAUGAUGCGGAUGGCUUCAUCCAUUACAAAGACAUUGCAGACUGCAUGAGGACCAUGGGCUACAUGCCGACAGAGAUGGAGCUCAUCGAGAUCAUCCAGCAAAUUAAGAUGAAAUGGGGCGGUCAUGUAGACUUUGAUGAUUUCUGCGAGUUAAUGGGGCCAAGGAUGCUUGCUGAGACUGCUCAUAUGGUCGGGUUGAAGGAGCUCCGCUGCGCCUUCAAACAAUUUGAUUGUGACGGUGAUGGAAAGAUCACACAUGAUGAGCUGAAGGAGGGCAUGAAGAACCUCCUGGGGGAGAAGUUAAAGAAAGGCGAACUGGAGGAGAUCCUCAGCGACAUUGACCUCAACAAAGAUGGCAGCAUUGACUUUGAUGAGUUUGUUAUGAUGCUUUCUGCACGAUGA